AUGAAGAGACACUUGUUAGUGAUAACUACUGUAUUUUACUUAUGUUCAAUUGGAAAAGCAGAAGAUAUAUGCUCAACAAAUAGUCAGUGUGUUAAUCUUCCAACUGGUGAUGGAACGUCAGUUGUCUGCGCUUAUAAUUAUGCGACAUGUAGCAGUUUAGUUGCUUGUACAGAUGACAAUACAUGUGCACGUCCAAAUACAGUUUGUGUCAAGCAUCGUUGCCAUCUUCAUCCUGUUUGUUAUCCAAAAACAAUGAUAACUCACACACUUUGUCCUCCACUGACACCAUCCAAUUCUUCUUGUUAUUCAUGCCAAUGUCCGACGCAUAUCGUUCCUGAUCAUCCAAAACAAUUUUGGCGUGAAACUCUAAAAACAAGUGGCACUAAUCCAUUCACCGAUAGUCUUGAUUACAAAGUCUACCGUAAUGUAAAAGAUUUUGGUGCUAAAGGUGAUGGUAUAACAGAUGAUACACGAGCUAUUCAAAAUGCUAUUUCUAGUAAUAAUCGUUGUUCGGCUGUUUCGGCCUGUGAAGGUUCAACUUCAGAACCUGACUAUUAUACACAACUAGUUGGAGAUCCAUCUGGAGAUCGACUUCCAACAAUCAAAUGUUCAAGUAAUUUUAACAAUGGUUAUGUACUCGAUGGUGAUCCAUACAAUGCAUGGGGAAAUCUAGCAUGGGGUUCAACAAAUAAUUUCUUUCGAGAAAUUCGAAAUCUACGAAUUGAUAUGACUAGUAUGAGUCCAACACUUGGUACGAGUGCAAUUCAUUGGCCAGUAGGACAGGCAACUGCUUUACAGAAUAUCGUUAUUGAAAUGUCCUCAGUAGCCAAUACGCAACAUCAAGGUUUAUUCAUCGAAAGUGGUAGCGGUGGUUUUAUGAGCGAUAUUACUUUUCAAGGUGGAAAAAUUGGUGCAUUCCUAGGUAAUCAACAAUUCACUUCGAGAAAUUUAGCAUUCUUCGGAUGUCAAACUGCUAUCAGUCAAAUAUGGAACUGGAACUGGUUAUACAAAUCACUUUCGAUUAACAAUUGCGGCGUUGGAAUUAGUCUUUCGGUAAAAGCAGGAGACAAAGAAGCAGUAGGAGGAAUGACUAUAUUAGACUCACAUUUCUACAAUACUACAGUAGGAAUCAUUACAUCAGCUAGUGCACAAUCAGUACCUGCUAGUGCCGGACAGAUUCUUUUAGAUAAUGUGAAUUUUGAAAAGACUUCUGUCGCUGUGCAAAGUACAUCAGGUCAAGUUAUACUACAAGGAAACCAACGAAUUCGUUCCUGGGGCCAAGGUCACGUUUACACACGAUCGUCAAAUACAUACACGUAUGUUCAAGGUUCGCUGACACCACCUGAAAAGGCAGCUGUUCUACUCGAUGGUUCAAGAUUUCUUGAACAUUCUCGACCUGAAUUUUUUGAAUACUCGGCGGAGAAAUUCGUGACAGUGAAAAGUCUAGGUGCUAAAGGUGAUGGUGUAACUGAUGAUACGGCAAUUAUUCAACAGAUUAUCAAUACAUAUGCAGCUACGAAAAUCAUCUUCUUUGAUGCUGGUGCUUAUAUUCACACAAGCACCGUUGUCAUUCCACCAUAUGCAGUUAUUGUUGGUGAAGUUGAAUCAACAAUUAUGGCCACAGGUUCAUUUUUCGGUGAUGCAAAAAAUCCUAAACCAGUAUGGUCAGUUGGUCAAAAAGGUCAAACAGGUAACGUUCAAAUAGUUGAUAUGCUCUUCUCACACAAAGGACCAGUACCAGGUGCGAUUAUGAUGCAAUGGAAUUUGAAGUCAACGUGUCACGGUAAAUCAGGUCUUUGGUCAACCCACUUUCGAACUGGUGGAGCUAAAGGUACCAAUCAAUCACCGCUCAACUGUGUGAAAUUAACCGGUGCAUAUAAUCGACCAGAAUGUCAAGGUGCAUUUCUUCAACUUCAUAUCAGUUCUCAAACAUCUCUAUACAUGGAAAAUGUUUGGCUUUGGGUGGCUGAUCAUAAUUUAGAUUAUCCCGAUCACUCCCAAAUCGAUAUUUUCAAUGCUCGAACAAUUCUAGUCGAAAGUGAAGGACCAUUGUGGAUGUAUGGAACAUCAGCUGAACACUCUGUGCUAUAUCAAUAUCAAUUUCUCAAUGCGAAAAAUGUCUUCUUAGGACAAGCACAAACCGAAUCAGGUUAUUUUCAGAGUGAACCACCAGCGCCCGAACCAUUUACAUCUCUCGCUGCUUGGUCGGAUCCUGUUUUCGACGGAUGCGCAAUAGGUGAUAGUGGCUGUACAAAAGGAUGGGGUUUGGACAUUAUCAAUGGAAGCAAUAUUUAUGUUUAUAAUGCAGGUUUAUACAGUUUCUUUCAGAAUUGGAGUACAGCUUGUAUAGGAACUCCUGAAAACAAAUACUGUCAAGAUGGAAUCUUUCGAAUUCGUGGUAAUUCAGAUAAAGUCUAUCUUUGGAAUCUUGAAACAGUCGGAGUAGAAAACAUGGUUGUGGCUGAUGGGAAUAUUAAAGUUAAAAGCAAAGAUAAUAUUGGUGUUUUUGCUGAUGGCAUACUUGCCUAUCUACCAAUCAACUGA